AAUCAGCUAUUUCGCGUGGUUGUAUGAGACGUGCGAGGAGGAGGAAGAAGAAGAAGAACAAGCCUUUUUCUGCAGCUGUCCUACAACCAUUAGCGCUUGAAAUUUGCCAUGACUCAGACUGCCACCGGAUUCCUCAGCCUCGCUCAAAAAAUCCCCGCACCCGUCGACGUAAGCCACAGGACAGAAUACGUGUUCGUAGUGACCAGGCACGGGGAGCGGACGCCUAUCACUCGAUGUUCGAAACUGGUAAAGGUUAACCCCGAAGACUAUGGUCAGCUGACGGCCAGGGGCAAGGAACAGUGCAAGUACCUGGGCACAUGGCUAAAGAAACGCUACUCGCACCUACUCACGGGUCAACCUGGCGAAGUCUUGGCGACUUGCAACAGGCAGCAACGGACGUUCGACAGUGUCACCCUCGCAUUGGAGGGCUUAGGCGUCACAGACGUGACACCGAUUCGAGACCCAACGGACUACGACACCUUGUACAACGCUUCCCUUGCCGGACACUACUACGUGAUGAUGAAUUUUGCAUGCAUCGGCCAACAUAAAACCUUGGGCCGGUUGGUGGACUUCGUGGUGAAAAAUUCCGGUUCGCCGACGCAGCCGCAGAAGGCGGUGGUUCAGGCCCCUGACAGCCUCAUUACACACGUCAGCAACGGGCACCCGACACCAGAUUGGGCACAGGAUGAUUGGCACGAUAUCCUCUGGGCCGACAACCGACUCUUUGCGCUGGCGCUUGCAGGAUCUGAGAAGGCCCUGGCGUCUUAUGUCAUGAACCUGCUACUGGAGACAUUGGAAGUGAAGUUCGAGAAGAAGCAACCCAGGUCAGAUAAGAUGCACUUAUUCAUGACAUCGGACGUCACACUGAUGCCCCUGAUCCGGUUGCUCCACUCAUCGUACCAGGAGCGGCCUCCUUUUUGCUCGUCCGUCCUCGUUGAAGUCUUCGUGGAGAAGGACGAGCCUCGUGUGCAUCUCGCCUACUGUGCUGGUGUGAACGUGGCUACGAUGUCGCUGGACAGGCUCACCAACCCUUGCCACCUUCACCAUUUUACGCAGGAACUGCGACGUAUCUUGCGCAAGGAAUGACUAAUGAACUAUUCUACGUAGCAUUUUAAACAAAUUUGAACAAAUACUAACCCAACAAAUAUAUGGCUAACGACAA